ACUGUAACUUGCAACAAAACUGUGCAGAGUAGCGUGCGCCGUAGAAUGCAGUAAUUUAAAGUGCCAUUUAUCCGAAAAAGGAGUUAACCGCGAUCCGCUGCUACGGCGUCCUCCGGCACAACCGUGGAUCUUACCGCCAGCCAAGCCGUCAAACACGGGGAUCUCCGCCAGUUUGGCAAGGUAGAUGAGGGGGGCACACGUCCAAUACCGAAAAAGAAAAUGGAUGGACAGGUUGCCCGAUGCAAGAUCGUCGUGGUAGGGGACUCCCAGUGUGGGAAAACUGCUUUGUUACACGUUUUUGCCAAGGACUGCUACCCAGAAAAUUAUGUUCCCACCGUGUUUGAAAACUACACUGCAAGUUUUGAAAUAGACAAACAGAGAACUGAGUUAAACAUGUGGGAUACGUCAGGGUCAUCAUAUUAUGACAAUGUCCGUCCUCUAGCCUACCCGGACUCGGAUGCAGUCCUUAUAUGUUUUGACAUCAGUCGCCCGGAUACCCUAGACAGUGUGCUGAAAAAGUGGCAAAGUGAAACUCAAGAGUUUUGCCCAAGUGCCAAGGUAGUUUUGGUUGGCUGCAAGCUGGACAUGAGAACAGAUCUGAACACACUACGGGAGCUAUCCAAACAGAGGCUUAUCCCUGUCACACAUGAACAGGGUAGUUCAAUCGCCCGGCAGAUUAGCGCAGUGGCUUAUGUAGAAUGUUCAGCCAAAGUGUCGGAGAACAGUGUAAGAGAUGUGUUCCACAUCACAACACUGGCAUCUAUAAACAGGAUACACAAAAACCUUAAACGCAGCAACUCAAAGCGUGGACUCAAACGAGUAUCCCAAAUGACUGGAAGGACUGACUUAUUGAAUGAAACAGAGAUGAGAAAAGAUCGUGCCAAGAGUUGCUCUGUAAUGUGAAAAACAAGACUGUAAAUUUGUAUUUAUUGUUCAUUUAUGUACAGUAACAGGCACCAAAAAUUCAUACAAAGUGGUUGCAAAGGCCAGUGUGUGUAUGUAUCUGUAUCAAAGGCUUUACUGCAGCCUCUAGGCCUCAUAGUGGCCUGCCUGCUAGCAAAGAGGUGUGAUCCUCUAGUGUUGAAGCUUCCUUAAUGGUUAUACUGUACUGAUUGUUUUGGAAAGGGAACCUUCCAGUGGAAGACUUUUCAGGUGUGGAAAUGUCUGUGGAUCUGUUGCAAUAAGAAGAAAUGAGAAAGAGAUUUUUGAACAUGUGGUAUGUGGUCUGGAGGACUGACAAAUUUAAGUUAUAUUGCUUGCAUUCUAAAAUAUGUAAGCCUAAUAUUAACUCAGUGUGUGCCUCUGUGGGGAAUAGGAAUAUUAAUUUUUCUUAAAACAAAGUAACACAAACUGAACUACAGUAAGAUGGUCAGAAAUACUGGUUAUAAUUUUAAUGCUCUUCAACUAUUUACAUAACGCUUGGAAUGGAAUCAUCUUUGAAAAUAGCUGCAUACCAGAUGCUGUGAUUUAGCACUAGUGUUUGAUUACAGCAAAUGCAGUGAAUGCUGAAAUGUGAAAAGAGACUGAGUAAGUUGGUGAGUCAGACAUUGUCAAAAGGCAGGGGUUUCAUUAUGGUAUCUCCUUUGAAUCUGUGUAGAGGAAAACAGGUUUGUUAGGUUAACCUAUGCUGAUCUACUCUGUAUAUCUUAAGCAAGCAGUAUGUAGCAGUAAGUUUAAAAUGGUUCAACACUGUGCUGUUAGACUGGACUUAAAGGUGAGACAGGUACUUCCAAAAUCAAUGCACUGUUUUCCUUUCAGCAGUGCUCUAGUUAAUUGUAAUAUUGACCUUGUAAACUGCAGGCCUAAUUGUUAAACAAAGGUUGGUUCUUUGCAAGUGCUUUGGCAUUUUGUCACAUCUACAACAGGGCAGCAAGGCUGUGUAUUUCUCUAUUGCAAGGGUGCACCCAGGGUGCUGUGCGCACACAGUUCUGAUGAACCAAAAAUGCUACUAAAGUCAUAGUAAUACUGUCCUUCAGAACUGAAAGCAUCUAGUGGGUCUCACAAUGAAAUGCUAAGUGCAUUGUAUAUUUUCUCAGUCAAAUAUGUAGUCACUGAAAUGAAAAAAGUAUUAACAGUAUAUCCACAGUUGUUGCCAUGUACUGGAAAGUGUCACUGCUUUCAUAUAUGGUGUUAUACAAAGUUCAAUCUGUUUAAUGGGUUUGUCGUACUUAAAGUGCAAUUUGUAAAGCUGUCCACCAUAUUUGAUUCGGCUGUCUUUAACUUGUAUAGGGUACAGAUGCUGGGUGGAGGUAGUAAAAAAUUUUGUACAGGAAUCCAUCUGAAGAACAUGCCCUGUAAAGUUACUCAGAUAUUAAACAAAGGACUACAUGUAUUAUUAGCACAGAGCUGACCACAAAUACUGUGAAAUACAAAAAGCACCUUACUGGUCGCUCAAGCCUUACAGAUGUUCUUUGUGAAUUAUGCAGCUCUCAUUUUGUGGUGUUGUAUAGUGCCCUUUACUGAAUAGACUUCAUCAAGGCUGUUGGUGCUCUGCAGAACCUGUGUGUGUAAGUGUGUGCAUGUUUAUGCCAUUUUUAUGGGUGUGCCUGUGUCCAGUUGCUGAUGCAAGUGCACGUGCACUUGCAUUUUAGCAUUAGAAUGAUAUAUUACAGGCUUUAAGAGUUCUGACAGUCUCAUCAUACAUCCAACGCUGUUCUGUCAUUAGUAUUUAAAGAGCAGAUGAGGCUUAUGUUUGGGCACUGGGACUGUACUCCCUAUAUUGCUUUCCUGUUUGCUCCUUUCAGCACUAGUUUGUUCACAUUUAGAGGACAUGUUCUCCACAGCCUAUCUGAUAAUGAGUAGUGUGGGCUACAAAGCACUAGCCCGAGUUCAUUUGUUCUGUACCACGUCUGAAUUUCACAGCUCCUAACAAUGCUGUUUUUUUUCUGUAUCAGCUGUUCUAGGUGGCUAAGUUCACAGAUUACUAAAAUAAAAGUCAAUCAAUAAAUAAGACUGAAACCACA